GCUCCAUAUGCGGCAGCGAGCACUUUCCUGAUCACCUAGAGCACUGUGCACUUGAUGAUCGGCUUCUACCGUAGAUCGCGCCGACUCCAGUGAUUGGAUCGUACAUGUAGAUGAUCUGAUCUGCUGCUGGAGGGGAGGGGAGGAGGCAGGGCACUUUUUAUUUCCCUGCCUGAGUCAGGACAGAAGAGACAAGGCACAGCUGAUAGAGAAUAGGAGCAGGAGCCUUUCUUGACCUCGCCCCCCUCCCUCCUUUACCCUGACUGAGCCCCGGUGAUCACCAGGCAGAGCUGCCAUGUCCUAUCCUCAGGGUUACCUCUACCAGCCUCCUGGCUCCCUGGCACUCUACUCCUGCCCGGCUUAUGGGGCCUCCGCGCUGGCCGCCCCCAGGAGUGACGAGCUGACCCGGUCCUCCUCGGGCUCUGCCUUCAGCCCGUACCCUGGAUCCGCUGCCUUCAGUGCCCAAGCGGCCACGGGCUUCAGCAGCCCCCUGCAGUAUUCCAGCGACCCCGCCGGAUUCCCAUCCUACAUGGGCUCUCCUUAUGAUGCACACACGACUGGCAUGACAGGAGCCAUCAGCUAUCACCCCUAUGGCAGCCCUGCUUAUCCUUACCAACUGAAUGACCCAGCUUAUAGGAAAAAUGCUACCAGGGAUGCCACUGCCACCUUGAAGGCCUGGUUACAGGAGCACAGGAAGAACCCUUACCCCACCAAGGGGGAGAAGAUCAUGCUGGCCAUCAUCACCAAGAUGACCCUCACCCAGGUCUCCACGUGGUUUGCCAAUGCCAGGAGGAGGCUCAAGAAAGAGAACAAGAUGACCUGGGCACCCAGGAAUAAAAGCGAGGACGAGGAUGAAGAUGAUGGGGAUGGAGAAAGGGGCAAAGAGGAACAUGGAGAUAAGAUCCAGGACAGCAACGAGACGUCUGCAGAGGAUGAAGGAAUAAGCCUGCACGUCGAUUCCCUGACAGAUCACUCCUGCUCCGCCGAGUCAGACGGGGAGAAGUUGCCCUGCAGACCCCGGGAGCACCUUUGUGAAUCAGGCUCCGAAUCCAAGGACAAAUACGAGGAUGAAGACGACGAUGAAGACACUGAAGAGGAAGACAGAGUUAAGCCUGUGACCUCUUCACCCCUGACAGGCAUAGAGGCCCCUGUACUCAAUCAUCAGCACGAAGGGAGCCCCAAAAAUUCCAACAAACCCACCCUGGACAAUAGGAUAUCCCCCAGUUCCCAGACACAGGCCAGCAAACCCAAAUUAUGGUCCCUGGCUGAAAUAGCCACCUCAGAUGUUAAACACCAAAAUAUGGGCCAGAGCUGCCAGCCUUCUGCUGUCUCCUCUGCCACCUCCUCAGCUGCACCUCACAACUCAGCCUACCCUUCCUCUUCCAUCCUGGGGAGACAUAUAUACUACACGUCGCCUUUUUAUAGCAAUUACACGAACUAUGGGAAUUUUAAUGCUCUGCAGAGCCAAGGAAUCCUAAGAUAUAACUCUACGACAGUGACUUCUAAUGAGGGACUAAGCCAAACGGUAUUAAACAGUAACUCUCUGCACAAACAUACCAGUGACUCUAUAAAAACACCCAGCAGCCAGCUAGAUCACAACUACAGGUUAUCCAGCUAUGAAUCCAAAAAAGAUCCCACGGAAGUGUGCACAGUAGGAGUACAACCAUACCUAUAGAUGUGCAAUCACACAGCAAGUAGGUGUCACAAUUGCUUUGAAAAAAAAAAAAAAAGUCAGCAAGCCAUGAUGUCUCCCCAGCUAAUAAGUAGAACAUAUCUAAAUCCGGAUCACAUCUUGUGCCACUGUAGAAAGGAAGAGCCACAGAGCACUAUUACAUCUCCAGAUUUCUUUUCUUGUCCCAUAACAAAGGAGAUCCCCCCAUCUACAUAUGUGAAAUCCUUGGUAUAGUAUAGUCCUCCCAAUGUAUCUCGUGACUGCUCCCAACGAUCUGUUUUCUCAGGAUAUUUUGACUUGAUCACUUCAUUGCCACAAUAUAUAUCCUAUAGGUGUGCUAGAAUUUAUUGUAUAAGAAUGGAUGGAGGAAAGAAAUGCUAUUUCUAAAAAAAGAUCUUUACAACAGAGACAUUAUUAUGUCGGGAUCGAUCGAUGAACUGGAGUACUUAAUAUGUGGGAUAAAGAAAAGUAAAAAAAAAAACUUAAAAAAAAAACAAAACAAAAAAAGAUUUGAUAUUUAUUUUUGUAAUGAUAUGAAAAAAGAAGCUUCUAGUAAUUUAUGCAAGUUGUAUUGCAAUGAGAUUUAAAACCUUUUUUUGUAAAUAAAUGAUGCCUGGUUUUUAUUUGAAAACAGAUGAUGACAGUUAAUGAUUUUUUUGUCUUGAUUGUCAAGAAUUCUUUAAUAAUUUAUAUCCUAAAUUGUAAAUAAACACAGAUUAG